UCUGUCCAUUUCCCGUCUCUUCUAGUAUUCUGGCAAACGCAUAUCGCUAUUCUUCUUACAUUUCCAUUCUCCUUCGAUCCUAUCCAACGACUCUGCAGUCUGCAGCAUAUCUGAUUAUCGAGUUUUGUUUUUGUGGCCAUGCUCUUCGUUUGACUGCCUGCUUCCUAAGAACCCCUGAUCGUCGAGGAGAGAGAAGACCGACAGAAGAAGGAAGUAUUUUCUGCCUGCUGCGCGCGUCCAUUAUUGAACUGGGUGGCAACAUUCACGUGGGCUGGAGUUAAAUUCGCGCGUCUUUCACCUUUCUAUUAGUUUGGCUGUUUUCUAAUGGAUUACUGAUUCUUCUCUACGUCUGUUCUUCCCCCCCACCCUACUAUUAUUUUGUUUCAUUUUGUUCCUCAUGGAUGAAGUCCUUUGAUUCUUAUUGAAUUCCCAGAAUUGUCUUUAUAUUGGCCUUUCCUUUUCUUCUUCUUCUUAUUUUUUUUUUUUCAAUUUAUAUCUUCUUUCUGAAUAUUACAUUACAAUGGGAUUCUCUUAGUUAUCUUUGAACAUUGUUAUUCCGUUUUACAUUCAACAUAUUCACGUGUCUGGCGCAGUUUCGUAUCAGGUAGCCGUUUCAACGAAGCAAUAUGGUCGAAUUUCCUUUUACUCUGCCCCAUGAUUUUCUGUCCAGUGCCGGCCAUGUUAGUCAGACCAAAGGAUAUCACUGGGUGGCGUCCGUCGUUUCUGGCGUCGUAGUCUGCAUAACUGUUUACAAAUUAACAGGUAUUAUUAGCCUCCUAUGCUUCAAGGGAUAUGGAAAACUAAGCAAUGCGCAAAAAGUUGAAUGGAAUAACCGGGGAUUCUCGACAUUCCAUGCUCUUGUAGUGGCGUUUGUUUCUCUCUACCUCCUGUUGUUAUCAGAUACUUUCGAUGAGAACUCUCGUGGUGACUUAAUAGUUACUAGGACAUCUACCUUAUCAGAUACGUUAUUGGGGUUCUCCAUUGGCUAUUUUCUAUCAGACUUGGGAAUGAUUCUAUGGCACUUUCCAGCUCUGGGUGGUCUGGAGUAUGUUUUACACCAUGGGUUAUCCAUGUUUUCAAUCAUUCUUGCCCUCAUAAGUGGUCAAGCGCAGUUUUACAUACUAAUGGUUCUCUUCUCCGAGAGCACUACUCCUUUCGUAAAUCUGAGAUGGUAUUUGGAUAUUGCUUGUCAAAAGGACUCCAAUCUUUACAUUUAUAAUGGCGUUGCAUUGUUCCUGGGGUGGUUGGUUGCAAGGAUUCUUUUGUUCAUCUUCUUUUUUUCGCACAUGUUCAUCCAUUUUGAUCAGGUCAAGAAAGUUUUUCCCUUGGGCUUCUACAGCUUGCUUGUGGUGCCUCCAGUGUUGGCAACGAUGAACUUGUAUUGGUUUUGGAAGAUCUCCAAGGGUUUGAUUAGAACUCUUUCCAAGGCAAGACACAGUCAAUGAGCAGGCGAUUUGCCUUAAUGUGCCUACAUGAAUGUCUACUUUUUUGCUGUGUCCAAUGAUUGGAAUUAGAUGUGCUCUCUCUCUCUCUCUCUCUAUAUAUAUAUAUAUAUAUAUCCAAAUUUAGAUGUGAAUUGAAUUAGUUAAAAGAAAGAAAGGAAGCGAAUU